UGUAAAACCAUGAGACAGAUUGCCUUUUUUUGUUUUGCUUUGUUCUUUUACUUUGAAAAGCUGAAGCGGAUGUUUCUUAUCUCAUCUUAAAGACUUCUUGCGUGAAACUAGCUCCGUGUGAUUAGCCACGUCAUGUAAACUUAGCAGUGGAGCAAUUGUUAAAUAACGGCAGGACGGCUCGUAGUUUUUUGGGGUAUCUAUUGUAUUUUUUAAACGGGGCCUUUUUUUCGUAUUUAUACAUUUGCAGGUGUCCUAUGGAAAGAUGUCGGAGAUCGGUGACUGGUUCAGAAGCAUCCCUUUAAUCACCCGGUACUGGUUUGCUGCUUCGGUUGCUGUUCCCUUCAUUGGGAAACUGGGACUGGUUGAUUUCAGAAAUCUAUUGCUGUUUCCAGAUCUGAUUUUUAGCAGAUUCCAUCUAUGGAGACCUGUGACAGCCACCCUUUUUUUCCCAAUAACCCCUAACACUGGGUUUCUCUACCUAGUCAACCUAUAUUUCCUCUACCAUUACUCCUCUCGGCUAGAGACAGGGGCAUUUGAUGGCAGGCCUGCAGACUAUGUUUUCAUGCUCCUCUUCAACUGGAUUUGCAUUGUUAUCACUGGAGUGCUCAUGAACAUGCAGUUGCUGAUGAUCCCCCUCAUUAUGUCAGUGUUGUACGUCUGGGCUCAGUUUAACAAAGACAUGAUCGUGUCCUUCUGGUUCGGAACAAGAUUCAAGGCACAUUAUCUACCGUGGGUCAUUCUCGUCUUCAACUUCAUCAUCGGAGGGUCCUUUGUGAAUGAGCUGACGGGAAACCUGGUGGGCCACCUCUACUUUUUCCUCAUGUUCAAAUACCCCAUGGACCUGGGAGGACGCUCAUUCCUCACCACGCCAGACUUCUUGUAUCGGUUCUUCCCUAACACAAGGGGGGGAGUGUCAGGCUUUGGAGUUCCACCGAGCAGGAGGCCAGCUGCCCAAGAACAGCCGGGGGGGGGACUGAGAGGACGCCACAACUGGGGAGAAGGCUUCCGCCUCGGGGGUGAAUGAGGGGGGGACGGCCCCGCCUCCGCUCUCACUAACAAAAGGCCGGGCAGUUGACAUUUGGGGCUAAAAUCCUUGCUUCCUCAAAUUCUCCCCUUCCUCCGAGGGUAUAAAAAUCUCGACUUCAGUUUCGAAUCGCACCCAUUUAAUGUUUUAAAGAAUACGAUGGGAUGAAAUAUGAGGAGGUGUGUGUUUUAACUAACAGUUCACUGCACAGCAGGACUCAGACUCUGGCUGCAGGCUCCAUUCACCCAGUAAAGCCAGCUCUUCUCUUUCUGCCAAAAGACAUAGAAAAACCAACAACAAAUAAAUAGUUUCUUUUCUGUGAUGAUCCUGCUGCCACCCUCUCAUUUCCUCCUUCUCGCCCUUUUUCUCAUGACCUUAUCCUUUUUUUUAUUGAUCUUUAUAUCUGAGGACUGUGAGGGUGUUGCAGCUUCGCAACAGCACGCUGCUGGUUUUUCCUGGUGUUCCUCCCUCUGUGAUGCCAUAUCAGAUUGCAUUGUAAUUACAACGCACUAAGAGAGCACCAUCCACCAUCCCUCAGCAGAACAUGGCUGAAGCUAUUUAGGGAGCACUGUUUCCAGGUCUGAAAUUCCAUGCGUUUGAAUUUUUUUUUUCUUUCUGGAGCCUCCUCAGCACAUGGCUGAAUGUUUUUCUGUCAUUAGACCUGAUGAAAUCAAAAUGAGGUAAAUAUGGAUGAUCUGUCCUUUUUCUUUUUUUGUAAAUACAACAGUUGUAUAUUAAAAUGAUGAGCGAG